CCCAUGGCAGCGGCUCCGCUCGGCAUCCGGGUCCACUCCCGCUUCGCCUACCCAGGCCGACCCGGCGCCACUAGCACGGACUCGCUCUCUCGGCGCUCGAUUCCUGCGCCUUGUGACGUGAAGCGCUUUGUUCCUCCCACUCCAGACACUGACGCUCCUAGCAACCGGCUAGCAGCUCCGUUUCCAAGGACUGUAACGCCUUCAACCGCCCGCCGUGAUAGAGUGCCCACGACCCUGCCUCGGGAAUCCCGCUCCGCACCGCCCCACCAGACCCGGACUCGGAGCCGCGAGCGGCCCGAGAUGAGCAGCAAUGACUCCUCCCUUAUGGCUGGGAUCAUUUACUAUAGCCAGGAAAAGUACUUCCACCACGUGCAGCAGACUGCAGCUGUGGGCCUGGAAAAAUUCAGCAAUGACCCUGUGUUGAAGUUCUUUAAAGCUUAUGGAGUCCUCAAAGAAGAGCACAUCCAGGAUGCCAUCAGUGACCUGGAAAGCAUCAGGCAUCACCCAGACGUGUCCCUGUGCUCCACCAUGGCCCUCAUUUAUGCUCACAAAAGAUGUGAAAUCAUUGACCGAGAAGCAAUUCAGGAGCUUGAGUACAGCCUGAAGGAAAUACGCAAGACAGUCAGUGGGACUGCCCUGUACUAUGCUGGUGUCUUCCUCUGGCUCAUAGGCCACCAUGACAAGGCCAAAGAGUACAUUGACCGCAUGCUGAAGAUCUCUAGAGGCUUCAGAGAGGCCUAUGUGCUCAGAGGCUGGGUGGACCUCACCUCAGACAAGCCCCACACUGCGAAGAAAGCCAUUGAGUACCUGGAACAAGGAAUUCAGGACACCAAAGAUGUGCUGGGGCUGAUGGGAAAGGCAAUGUACUUCAUGAUGCAGCAGAACUACUCAGAGGCCCUGGAGGUGGUGAACCAGAUCACUGUGACUUCAGGGAGCUUCCUGCCAGCCCUCGUCCUGAAGAUGCAGCUGUUCUUAGCUCGGCAGGACUGGGAGCAGACAGUAGAAAUGGGACAUAGAAUCCUAGAAAAAGAUGAAAGCAAUAUUGAUGCCUGCCAAAUUCUAGCUGUGCAUGAGCUUGCAAGAGAAGGAAACAUGACCACAGCUACCAAUCAUGUUAGAAAUCUGAUUAAGGCACUAGAGACAAGGGAGCCCGAAAAUCCAAGCCUCCAUCUUAAAAAAAUUCUUGUGGUUAGCCGACUGUGUGGGAGUCACCAGGUGAUUCUAGGACUAGUGUGUAGUUUCAUCGAGCGCACCUUCAUGGCCACCCCCUCCUACAUCCAUGUGGCCACAGAACUGGGCUAUUUCUUCAUCCUGAAGAACCAAGUGAAAGAGGCCUUGCUGUGGUACACAGAAGCCAUGAAACUGGACAAGGACGGCAUGGCUGGUUUGACAGGGAUCAUCUUGUGUCAUAUCUUAGAAGGCCACCUGGAGGAAGCUGAGCACCAGCUGGAAUUCCUGAAGGAGGUGCAGAAGUCCCUUGGGAAGUCUGAGGUGCUAAUUUUCCUCCAAGCCCUCUUGACGUCUAAGAAGCACAAGGGGGAGCAAGAGACCACAGCGCUCCUGAAGGAGGCAGUGGAGCUUCACUUCUCCAGCAUGCAAGGCCUUCCUCUUGGCUCUGAGUACUUUGAAAAGCUGGACCCCUACUUCCUGGUCUGCAUUGCUAAGGAGUACUUGCUCUUCUGCCCCAAACAGCCCAGGUUACCAGGCCAGAUCGUGUCUCCACUUCUUAAACAAGUCGCCGUGAUCUUGAAUCCUGUAGUCAAAGCAGCACCAGCUCUGAUCGACCCCCUGUAUUUGAUGGCUCAGGUCAGGUAUUACUCAGGAGAGCUAGAGAACGCCCAGAGCAUCUUGCAGCGUUGCCUGGAGCUGGACCCCGCCUCCGUGGACGCCCAUCUCCUCAUGUGUCAGAUCUACUUGGCUCAGGGCAACUUUGGCAUGUGCUUCCACUGCUUAGAGCUGGGUGUCAGCCACAACUUCCAGGUCCGAGAUCACCCCCUCUACCACCUCAUCAAGGCCAGGGCUCUCAACAAGGCUGGAGACUAUCCAGAAGCCAUAAAGACACUGAAAAUGGUCAUCAAAUUGCCAGCUCUGAAGAAGGAAGAAGGCAGGAAGUUCCUCGGGCCCUCUCUGCAGACCAGCCAGCGGGCAUCCAUCUUAUUGGAACUGGUGGAGGCCCUCCGGCUGAAUGGGGAGCUACAUGAGGCCACCAAGGUCAUGCAGGACACCAUCAAUGAGUUUGGCGGCACACCAGAAGAGAACCGCAUCACCAUUGCCAACGUGGACUUGGUCCUGAGCAAGGGUAAUGUGGACGUGGCACUGAACAUGCUAAGGAACAUCUCACCCAAGCAGUCCUGCUACAUGGAAGCCAGAGAGAAGAUGGCCAACGUCUACCUGCAGACCCUCAGAGACAGGCGCCUCUACAUCAGAUGUUACCGUGAGCUCUGUGAACAUCUGCCUGGCCCCCACACCAGCCUGCUACUGGGUGAUGCUUUAAUGAGCAUUCUGGAGCCCGAGAAGGCCCUGGAGGUCUAUGAUGAGGCCUAUAGACAGAACCCACACGAUGCCUCCCUGGCCAGCAGAAUUGGGCAAGCUUAUGUGAAGGCCCACCAGUAUACUGAGGCAAUUGAGUAUUAUGAGGCUGCCCAGAAGAUUAAUGGACAGGACUUUCUGUGCUGCGAUCUGGCCGAACUGCUCCUAAAGUUAAAGAAGAUCAAUAAAGCAGAAAAAGUUUUGAAGCAGGCACUGGAACAUGACAUUGUCCAAGACAUCCCAUCCAUGAUGAAUGAUGUUAAGUGCUUGCUUUUGCUGGCAAAGGUUUACGAGAGCCAUAAAAAAGAAGCUGUGAUAGAAACUUUGAACAAGGCCUUGGACCUCCAGUCUCGGAUACUGAAGCGAGUUCCACUGGAGCAACCAGAAAUGAUCCCCUCCCAGAAGCAACUGGCAGCCUCUAUCUGCAUCCAGUUUGCAGAGCACUACCUGGCAGAGAAAGAGUAUGACAAGGCGGUACGGUCUUAUAAGGAUGUCUUCUCCUACUUGCCCACUGACAAUAAGGUGAUGCUGGAGCUGGCGCAGCUCUACCUGCUCCAGGGGCACCUGGACCUGUGUGAGCAGCACUGUGCCAUCCUCCUGCAGACUGAGCAGAACCAUGAGACUGCUUCUGUGUUGAUGGCUGACCUGAUGUUUAGAAAACAGAAACAUGAAGCGGCCAUCAAUCUUUACCACCAAGUCUUGGAGAAAGUGCCAGACAAUUUUUUGGUAUUGAAUAAAUUAAUCGAUCUGCUAAGAAGAAGUGGUAAACUUGAAGACAUUCCUGCCUUUUUUGAAUUGGCCAAGAAGGUGUCCAGCCGGGUGCCUUUGGAACCAGGGUUCAACUACUGCAGAGGUAUCUACUGCUGGCACAUAGGGCAGCCCAACGAAGCCUUAAAGUUCCUGAACAAGGCACGCAAGGACAGCACUUGGGGCCAGAGCGCCAUCUACCACAUGGUGCAGAUCUGUCUGAAUCCAGACAAUGAGGUUGUGGGCGGAGAGGCUUUUGAGAACCAGGGGGCCGAGAGCAACUACACAGAGAAGAAGGAGUUGGAACAGCAGGGCGUGAGCACCGCCGAGAAACUGCUGCGUGAGUUUUACCCGAAUUCAGCCUCCAGCCAGACCCAGCUGCGGCUGCUGCAGGGCCUCUGCAGGCUGGCCACCAAGGAGAAGGCUAACAUGGAGGCUGCACUGGGCAGCUUCAUCCAGAUAGCGCAGGCUGAGAAGGACAGUGUCCCUGCCUUGCUGGCCUUGGCACAAGCCUAUGUGUUCCUGAAGCAGAUCCCCAAGGCACGUAUGCAGUUGAAGCGCCUGGCCAAGGCCCCCUGGGUGCUGAGUGAGGCUGAGGACUUGGAGAAGAGCUGGCUCCUGCUGGCCGACAUUUACUGCCAGGGCAGCAAGUUUGACCUCGCCUUAGAACUGCUGCGGCGCUGUGUGCAGUACAACAAGUCCUGCUACAAGGCCUAUGAGUACAUGGGCUUCAUCAUGGAGAAGGAGCAGUCCUACAAGGAUGCAGUCACCAACUACAAACUGGCCUGGAAGUACAGUCAUCACGCCAACCCUGCCAUUGGUCACCAGGGUGCCACCAUCUAUGCUCUCCAUGCCCCUGGUAGGCUUCAGACUUGCUUUCAACUACCUGAAGGACAAGAAAUUUGUGGAGGCCAUCGAAAUCUGCCACGAUGUCCUCAGGGAGCACCCCAACUACCCCAAGAUCAGGGAGGAAAUUUUGGAAAAGGCCCGAAGGUCCCUGAGGCCCUAGCUGGGGUCAAGGGGCCUGCGGUAGAAGCCAUCAACCUACUGAAGUUAUGUGGAAGGAUGGAAAGUGGGUCAGUGGAGAAGGGAUUCAGAAAAUGACACCUUCUUCCCCAUUACUAGAGUGUAUGUGGUUUAUUUUGAAUCAUGUUUCAUCUGACCUAAGGGUCAUCCCAAAGCUUUAUGUUUUUAAGGCACAAGAAAUGUUGCUCUGGGAAGAAAGACAUCAACUGGCUUAACUUUU